GAGUGCCAGCUUCUCCCAAGCCACAAGGUCGGCCUUCUUCAUGCGGAGCGACACGGCGGUCCAGAAGCUCUCGCAGGGCAACGGGCACUGCGUGAACGGGGUCGGCGGACAGCUCCAUGGCUUUUACAGCCUGCCGAAACCCAGCCGGCACAACUCGGAGUUCAGGGACAGUGCGUACGACCUCCCGCGCGCCUUCGGUUCCUACAGUCACCCCAAGUCAAGCCUCACCAGCUCCGAAACGGACAACGAGGAGGUCUACACCUACAAGACUCCCAACAACACCCUAUGCAAGGAGUUUGGGGAGCUCUCCACAGACUCCUACGACAUCCCUGCCACCCCGCUCUCCGUCUACCAGAUCCCCAGGACAUUUACACUGGACAAGAACCACAAUGCCCUGGCUUGGGCUGCCAGCGACUCGCCUGCUGCGCCUCCCCCGCGGCCCCCAAAACCCGGGCAGACAGAGCCACGGUGGGGCAGCCCGCCCCAGCGGCCCCAGCCCAGUGAAAGCUUAGGGCUGGCCCCCAUGGCAGCCACCAUUCCCCGGAGAAACACGCUGCCGGCGAUGGAGAACAGCAGGCUGCACCGAGCUUCUUCUUGCGAGACGUACGAAUACCCCCAGCAUGGAGGCGGCAGCGCUGUGCAGUCAGUCGAGUCAAUGAACGAUGGAUACAACUCCUACCUGCAAGCCAAGGCAGCAGUGGCCCGCUCCCACAGCACCGACUCCGAGGACAACUAUGUCCCCAUGAACCCCGGUUCCUCGCCCCUGAUCCACGCCGAGAAAGCCAACGACAAUGCCCAGAGUCUCUACAUCCCCAUGAGCCCUGGGCCGCAUCACUUUGACCUGGUGGGGUUGUCCUCGGCCACCCUCCCUGUGCAUAAAGGAGGAGCCAUGGCGCAGUGCCACAGGCGGCUGAGUGAAAUCCAGCCCCCACCAGUCAACCGCAAUCUCAAACCCGACCGGAAAGCAAAGCCAUCGCCGCUGGACCUGAGGAACAACACUGUCAUUGAUGAGCUUCCCUUCAAAUCACCAGUCACAAAAUCCUGGUCCAGGCCAACCCAGACCUUCAACGCCGGCUCUUUGCAAUACUGUCGCCCUGUCUCCUCCCAGAGCAUCACCAGCACUGACUCGGGAGACAGCGAGGAGAACUACGUGGCGAUGCAAAACCCCAUUUCUGCUUCUCCUGUUCCUAGUGGCACCAACAGCCCAGCGCCUAAAAAGAGUUCGGGGAGUGUGGAUUAUCUGGCCCUGGACUUCCAGCCAAGCUCACCAGGGCCACACAGAAAGCCCUCCACCUCGUCGGUCGCCUCGGACGAGAAGGUUGAUUACGUGCAAGUGGACAAGGAGAAGACGCAGGCGCUGCAGAGCACCAUGCAGGAGUGGACUGAUGUGCGGCAGUCCUCGGAGCCCGCCAAGAGCACGAAGCAGUAGCGCCUGGGGCAGGCAGCGGAACAGGCCGAUGUCCCAGCGGUUUUCCCCAGCUGGGGCCCCACCAGGCUGCCAGCUCCGCCAGUUCUAAGACUUAUCUGCAGAGGGGAGGGGGUCUUUAAUUUUUAAUUUUUUUUUUAAGACAAAAAGAAACUUAAUUUCAGGGGAAGAUUUGGCGGAUACUGUUUGCCAGUGAUAAAGACCAACUAUGUUCGGUGGCUAGGUUUGUGCUUUAGCUGCUGGAUGCACUAUCCAGGAACUUCGACUUAGCAAUACCAGGUUUCACCCUGCACAUCUUUCGCUUGCAGCUAUUAAAGCCACCUUGUAUGUGCUAACACUGCAUCAUCUCUCCCCGUCUUCUUCCACACCACACCCCCAAACCGUGCCUUGCAGGUUUGCAGCAUCUCUCAUAGGACAUCAUUCCCCAGCUCUGAUUCCCCACUCCUUAUGGUUGCCCUCUUCUCUGCCUCCUCCCAAUCCCAAAACU